CCGCCGGAGUGAGAUAAACAGUUGCAAUAAGCCAUUACCUGCUCCAGUUAAUGUGAUUACAGUAAAGCAAACUUGUGGCAAGCGUUGAGCUCCUGCGUCAGACUUUACGCACUAUGCGCCCUGUGUGACUGGAAGCUGUGUGAUAUCGCAUCCCUUUGAGCGCAGAGAUGUUGCACACGGAGCCAGUGCCUGAAUGAAGAUACCGAACAUCACUUUGGAUUCAUACACAGACUCGGACGUUGUAACCCGUUCUGCACAACACACAAGAUUUAAGAAAAAGGCACAACUUUCUUUCCCUGCUUCCUCCUGAUCUCCCUCCAGUCAGUCCCCUUUGGCUCUCCUACUUGCCUCCACCACCUAGCCUGAAGGAGCUCCUGUGUUGCAGCUAUGCCAAAGAACACCAAGGUGACCCAGCGGGAGCACAGCAAUGAGCCGGUCACUGAGUCAGUGGCUGACCUGCUGUCCCUGGAGCACCCCAUGGACUAUAAGAGCAGUCAGAUGAGCAUGGGUCUGAGUCCUGGAUCUACUGCUCCAGUAAAGGCCCUGCUGCCCUCCCCUGACCCAGACGCUGAAGACGGCCGACCCGCCUGGAACAACAAGCUAGAGUACAUCCUGGCCCAGGUGGGCUUCUCUGUGGGCCUGGGUAACGUCUGGAGGUUCCCCUACCUUUGCCAGAAGAACGGUGGAGGUGCAUACCUGGUUCCCUACUUUAUUCUGCUCCUCCUCAUCGGCAUCCCCUUGUUCUUCCUGGAGCUGGCGGUGGGUCAGAGGAUCCGGCGUGGUAGCAUCGGGGUGUGGAACUACGUCUACCCACAGCUGGGAGGCAUCGGGGUCUCUAGUCUGAUGGUUUGCGGUUUUGUUGGCCUAUAUUAUAAUGUGAUUAUCGGCUGGAGCAUCUUCUAUUUCUUCCAGUCCUUCCAGUAUCCACUGCCUUGGGCUGAAUGCCCCUUCGAGAGAAAUGGAACCCAAGCCAUCGUGGUGCCGGAGUGUGAGAAGAGCUCAGCCACCACUUACUUCUGGUACCGCCAGACUCUCAACAUCACCAGCUCCAUCGAUGACACAGGCGGCCUGAACUGGAAGAUGACCCUGUGCCUGCUGGUAGCUUGGAUCCUGGUCUGCCUGGCUGUCAUCAAGGGCAUCCAGUCCUCUGGGAAGGUGAUGUACUUCAGCUCUCUCUUCCCGUAUGUGGUGCUUUUCUGUUUCCUGGUGCGAGGUUUGCUGCUGAAGGGAGCAGUGGACGGCAUCGCCCACAUGUUCACCCCUAAGCUGGAAAAGAUGUUGGAGCCACAGGUUUGGAGAGAAGCAGCUACGCAGGUCUUCUUCGCCCUCGGUCUGGGCUUCGGAGGCGUCAUCGCUUUCUCCAGCUACAACAAGCGAGACAACAACUGCCACUUUGAUGCAGCGCUGGUCUCCAUCAUCAACUUUGUUACCUCCAUCCUGGCCACUUUAGUUGUGUUUGCUGUCCUGGGGUUCAAGGCGAACGUCAUGAACGAGAAGUGUGUUGUCGACAAUGCAGAGAAGAUCCUGGGCUUUCUAAACACAGGUGUGCUAAGCAAAGAGCUCAUCCCGCCUCACAUCAACUUCUCCCACCUGUCUUCAGAGGACUACGCAGAAAUGUACGCCGUCAUUAAGACAGUGAAGGAGGACAGCUUUGGCCAGAUGGGCCUGGACGCCUGUUUGCUGGAGGACGAACUCAACAAGGCGGUUCAGGGAACUGGUCUGGCGUUCAUCGCCUUCACAGAGGCCAUGACACAUUUCCCUGCCAGUCCCUUCUGGUCUGUCAUGUUCUUCUUCAUGCUCAUUAACUUGGGUCUGGGAAGCAUGAUCGGCACCAUGACCGGCAUCACCACACCCAUACUGGAUGCUUUCAAGAUCCGCAAAGAGAUCCUGUGUGUGGCCUGCUGUAUAAUAGCCUUCCUGUUAGGUCUGUUGUUUGUGCAGCGUUCAGGCAACUACUUUGUUGCCAUGUUUGACGACUACUCAGCUGGUUUGCCUCUCACUGUGGUUGUGAUUCUGGAGAACAUCUCUGUAGCCUGGAUCUAUGGCACUAAGAGGUUCAUGCAGGACCUGGAGGACAUGCUUGGUUUCAGGCCAUACUCCUUCUACUACUACAUGUGGAGGUAUGUGUCGCCAGCUAUCCUGGUGGUGCUCAUUGUCGCCACAGUCAUUGAGAUGUCCAUCAGUCCUGCAGGAUACAACGCUUGGGUGGAGGCUGAGGGCGCAGAGAGUUUCCAUAGCUACCCUCCCUGGGCUUUAGCCAUGGCCUACUCCCUCAUCGUGGUGGCCAUGCUGCCUUUACCCAUCGUCUACAUCGUCCGCCACUUCAACCUGAUAUCAGACGGCUCCAACAAGCUGUCAGUCUCCUACCGUAAAGGCAUGAUGAAGGACAUCUCCAACCUCGAAGAGCAGGACGAGCAGCGCUUCAUCCUCAGCAAGAACCCCAGCGAGGCUCCUUCACCGAUGCCCGCCCACCGUGCUUACUUAGGCCCCGGCGGCACACAGGAGAUGACCAACACCAACUAUGGCACCAGCACCAAGACGGGCUACCAGAACAUCGGCUCGCCCGAGUCUGAGCUAUGAUCCACUGAGCUCAUAGAUCCUUCCAUCCACUAAACCCCGGUCCUGCUUGGAGAGAGGGAGACAGAGGAAGAAAGGGAGGAACAGAGGAAAUCAAGAGGGAGAGAAAAUCCACUGGUCAUUGUUGCAGCGUUCAUCCCACCUUAACCCCCAGAACUGAAUCCCUCUAUCCCUCCCUUUUCUGCUCCAUCGCUCCUUGCCUGUGGUUCUUCCCUUCUUCCCCGCCGUAGGAUCUGUGCCGAUAACUGUCUGUCAAUCUCAGCUGUAAUGAGGGGAUCAUGAAAGUGUGAGUCCCACCAGAUAUGAUGUUAAGGUAUUACAGGGGCAGAGAUUGACGGACAGAGACAGGAACAGAGGAAGGAAUGAGGCUUUGAAAGGCUCACUGAGGGCUCAGAUACAGGAUUUGUUUUGUAAUAAGUUCUGGCCAAGGUUACGGAGUGUGCAAUGCUAAAAUGCUUUAGGUUGUACUGAACCAUAAUCCCAUGUGAUCACCAGUUUGGAGAAGGUUAUUUUUGAGACAGUUGGAUGUUCCUAGAUCUAGGCGAUCCUCAUCUUUUUCUGGUUCAGCUGUAGAGGAUUGUUAUUUGUGGGGAUAGGAUGGAAGGAGACUCAGAAAAAAACCUGUGUAUCACCGUAUGAGAACAAUCCUCAUCUAGAAAACAAAUUUGCGUCCAUAACAGUAUGUAAUGUGUGAUUCUGAUAGUGUGAACAGUGUUACAAGCACAUUACAUCUUUAAGUUUAUUGUGCCUAUCAUGCAUCAGCAAUAAUAACUAGUCAAAGUAGGGUCGUUAUAAAACUGUGGAUCUCCUUCUAUCCCUACUUCCCCACUAAUGUAGAAUACUGUACAUAUGUGUUGUGCAAUAGUCCAAGAUGUCACAGUAAAUCGUGUAUAUACAGCACAGUCGUGUGAGGGGAAAGGCUUCACCUCUUCAUUCUUUCCCAGCGAACACCGAAGCACAGACACCCACUAUCAUUAGAGAAUCUCUGAGCCUUAAUACAGAGCAGCACUUUUCUUUUAAACAGCCCCUUUCCUCGACAAACAAGGCUCUGGAGUUGUUGCCAACAAGCACUGCACACGUCAUCUCUGUGCUGUUCCAGUCGCAGCUGGCCUAGACAAAGCUUUUCUAUUUUAAUCAAUCAUUUAAAUCAAGCGUUUCCAUUUUAAUCAAUGCCGUAGAAGGACAGAGGUGGCGGUGCACGAGCAGAGAUAAGCAGAGUGGCUUGUGUUUUAUGAGCUUCACGCUGUCUGUCUGUGUUCAAGAGGCAGGAAGGAAUUGGAAACGUGAGUUUUGUCUGUGUGUACGUGCAGAUGUGCACGCGCGUCAGUGUGUUGUCUGCCACUGAAUGAGAGCUCCUGGUGACCCUGCCUCUUUAAAAAUAGAGCAGCGUUACCCAGGGGAAGCCGUGGCAACGCACCAUAGAUACAGAUCCUCUUCUGAUGUGGAGGAGGAAGAGGAGAGAGGACACCUUGCUUUGUCUGCUCCACCUGCACAGCUGUUUGUUCAGUAAUACAGAGAUGAGACAUUUUACUGUCCUACAAGAAUAUAUCUCUACCCUUGUUACUGUGCGUUGAGUAAGAGGUUCACUGCCAUGCCGCACUGUGGAUUUGUCAUACUUCAUCCCUAAGAGGAUGAUGUUUGGGUUUAAUUGUACAUUCCUCAAAUUGUGACCACUACGGGCAUCAUUUCAUAAGCACUACAAUCUACACUUUGAUGUCUUUUUGUGAACUAAAGCGUAAAAACUAAAGCCUUUUUUAAUUUUUAAUGUAUAAUAUUGUAUGACAAUGUAUGUUUUAGGAGUAUAAUGUGGAAAAUGUACUGUGAUAUAAAUGUUUGGAAUAAGUGGUAAUACACAGAUUUCCCCACUGGGUGUCUCUGCUGGCCAGCGGAGGAGCCAAUAACACGCUCUCUCAGUCUGGUGGCCCCUCCCUGAGACAACACCAAUACUUGAGACUGAACAGAUGUAGUGUGAAGCACAGUCAGGCACAUUGUUUGGUGCCUGAACAGCAUCUCUGUUGUCUGUUUGCCUUAUGCUUUUGUCGUUUUGUUUUCUUGAUUAUAUAGUGUGUUUGUGUAGAGUUUGGACCAAUGUCUUGUCUCAUUCACUUGAGCACUUUAAUUAGGUAAAGACCCUGGAGUUGAUUUGACAAAAGCUUUGUAGAGUUUAAACAUUAAUCAUAAGAAUGCCAUCAUAGAAUAUGUUUUGGUAGCAAUAUUUAGAGAGAGAGAG